GGCCGUGACUCAGCAGUUCCCAUACAACCAUUCACCCCUCAUCUGGUUUGGAUUCCCUGCUGCAGGAUGUCCUGAAGGAAGCUUUGGUCCCAGCUGCAUGCACAGCUGCCAGUGCCAGAACGGGGCUGUGUGUGACCAUGUGAGCGGAGCCUGCACGUGCACUGCUGGGUGGACUGGGACCUUCUGUGAGAAAGCUUGCCCAGAAGGAUUUUUUGGGCUUGACUGCCACCAGGUGUGCAACUGCAAGAACGCUGCAGGCUGUGACCAUGUCCUGGGGACGUGCAGCUGCCUCCCAGGCUGGAGGGGUGAGACCUGUGAGCAGCAGUGCCAGGGGGACAGGUUUGGGCAGGGCUGUGCUCACACCUGCAACUGUCACAACGGAGCAACCUGUGAUCAUGUAAUGGGGACAUGUGCCUGCACCCCAGGCUGGAGAGGAGCCACCUGCCAAGAAGCCUGUCCUCCAGGCUGGCACGGUGCCGGCUGCCUGCAGCGCUGCAUCUGCUCUGGCCAGACUGCGUGUGACCCUGUGACUGGCAAGUGCCAGUGUCCCAAGGGCCGGACAGGGACAUCCUGUGAGCUUGCAUGUCCCCCAGGAUAUUUUGGAGAGAGGUGUGAGGAGCAAUGUGACUGCAUUCACAGUGUGUCCUGCCACCCCCAGACAGGGGCUUGUCGCUGUGCCAAGGGGUGGCGAGGCAGGCACUGUGACAAACCCUGCUUGCCUGGCCACUACGGUGUGGGUUGUGCCCGGCGGUGCCACUGCCCUGCAGGCACCCCCUGCCACCACCUGACCGGUGAGUGCGGCUGUCCUCCAGGAUUCACUGGCCAUGGCUGCGAGAGAACUUGUCCACCAAACACGUAUGGCCAGAGCUGCAGCCAAACCUGUCGCUGCCGUGCUGAGGAAGACUGUCACCCCAUCACUGGGCAAUGUGUGUGCCACCCGGGGUACCACGGGGCCCAGUGCGACCGCCGGUGUCCAAAAGGUACUUACGGUUCAAACUGCCAAAAAUCCUGUAAAUGCAUGAAUGGAGGCCAUUGCGACCCAGUGUCGGGAACUUGUGAUUGCGCGCCUGGUUUCAUUGGAGCCGACUGUAGUAAAACUUGCCCAGAAAAUCGAUACGGGAAGGACUGCGCCCUGUUUUGUGCAUGUGGUAAAGGUCAGUGUGACCCACGGACUGGCAGCUGUACCUGUCCUCCUGGCCAAAUGGGACCUGGCUGUCAGCAAGUGUGUCCCCAGGGACGGUUCGGCCCCAGCUGCCGCCUGACAUGCAGCUGUCAGAACGGUGCAAUCUGUGACCACGUGGAUGGCAGCUGCACUUGUGGACUCGGCUGGACAGGAAAAUCGUGUGAGAAAGAAUGUCUCCCUGGCAAGUAUGGCCCCAGCUGCAGCUUGGACUGCUCAUGCCAGCACAACGGCACCUGCGACAGGUUCACGGGCUGCUGCCACUGCCCAGCAGGGUUCUACGGGCGCUCCUGUGAGCAUGGGUGCCCCCCCGGGUUUUAUGGGCUGAGCUGCCUUCAUGCAUGUGCCUGUAAAAACGGAGCGAGCUGCGAUGCCGUGAUGGGGCAGUGUGUUUGUCCCUUGGGGUACCAUGGUAUCCACUGCGAGAAAGGCUGUGCCAGCGGGCGCUUCGGUGAGCGGUGCCAGCACCGGUGUGACUGCGGAGGAGCUCCUUGCAACCCAGCCACUGGGAAGUGCCUCUGCCCACCUGGAAAGACUGGGGACAAAUGUGACAUUGGCUGCCGGUCAGACCAGUAUGGCCCCGACUGCUCUCUGCGAUGCCAGUGUGCCAGCAAGUCCCAGUGCAACCCAUACAAUGGGAAAUGUGUCUGUCCAGCCACGUGGAUGGGGCCAACUUGCAAGGAAGGUGGCCCUCCAAAGCUUCCUUUUUAUGAAGAACGAACUCAAGAAGGAGGGAAUAUUUUUCCAAGAGCUCUACAACAGUAACAUUUGGACUAAUAAAUGAACUCUUUUAUAUGCACAGACGGUAUUUGAAUUUGGAUAUGAAAACAGGUAUUCAAUUCAGCUUGAAUUGUACUGAAGUAUUCACACUUCUUAUGGAAGACUACAGAGGCCAUUUAGUAGCUGGUUCCUUUUAAAAAGUUGAAUCUGUUUCAUGUAUUUAUUCCUAGCCUGUUGCCUUUCCAUUAGUCUACUUGGGACAUUCUUUCUGAUAUGUAGUAUAAUUCGUUGCUUGAAGCUUGGACAUGUGGGUUUUUUGUUUUCUUUUUGCUUUUUGUAAAACUAGCUCCAAAGAGGAUCAGUAACAUGCCAAUUUAAAGUGAGCCACGCCAUGCUAAAUGAGCAUUCAACAGAUUAUGAAGCCAAUGCAGGUUCACUGCAAAAUCACGUUGCUCAGAAGCCAGUGGGAUUCACCAAAUUAGUUCCCCUGUGAAAAAUAUUGUAUGUUCUAGAAAAGCAUCCAUUCUUAAAAUUACAGCUGAUGAAGAAUCUGCCACAAUCUUUGAUAAGUUGUUCAUUCAUUUGAGAAUGCAUACCACAUUUCCAUUAUGAAUUUGCUGACUGGAAGGUCUCCAUCCAUAUCUUGUUUGCAUCUGAGCCUCCUUUCUAAAGAGCACAAUGUUAACUGUCAGGCUCCUCUGGUUUUCUGUGUUCUCCCAUCUCAUCAGUGGAAUUUCUCAGCAGUUUGUGAAGUCAAACUGUACAGCAGUUCUUGUAAAACUUUCUUACAAUGGAGGAAGCUUUAUCUUGGAUGGAGAAAGCAGAUAGUGAGGAUAGAUAUCUAACAAUAAUCUGUGUUCUCUUUAUGCAAAGGAUUAUAAUGUGCUCUUACCACACAAUAAUUUAAUUAUCGGCUUUAACAAGUCCUGAUACCAUUCAACAGCUGCUGUUGGUCACCUAGAACAACGGCGUUUUGGUGCUAUUUUUGUCUGUUUAGACAGGCCGUUCUUUAAUAUAGGACCAAGUCAUUAUUAAGAAAUCAUAUUCUUUAUUUUAGUAUUCUGAGUUAACAAGGUUAAAAGAUUUCAGAGUAACUCUUUGUACCUCUCUUUAGGUUAAGAGUUACAAAACGUGCUCAGUAACCUCUUGAGUCUUACUAAAUCAGGGGUGCCCUUGGUUUAAGGCACCAGGACCGUGGGCUCUGGUGACCAGGUAGCACAAGCUCUUCCAGGUUUUGUGUUCAUGCUAGCAUUACCAUUCACACACCACAGCAAAUCACAACUCUGCAAGGGAUUUUUGUCAUAGAAGAAAGAAAGUGGCAAUAAUUGAAGCUCACUUGUGAUUUUUAAUAAUGUUUAUGUUUGCAAUUGGAUAAUGAGUAUGCAAAGCAACAAUUACCUCUUGGUUCUCCUCAAGCUCUAAACCAAUAUGUCUGGUUCGAAGCAAGUAAUGCUUGCUCACCUGGAACUGCAGUUCAAGCUGUGAUCUUUUGGAAGCAAUAAAGGUUUACUAGGUGUUUUUUCAAGCCUCAUGGAAGUCUUAUUGUUGUUAUUCAAAACUUCAUGGGUAUUAGAAGCCAUUCUAAACUCAGUAGAGAUAUUUGUGACCGCAACCAACUGUGCUUUCAGCCAGAAAAUGUCAGGAGCUGAUUCUGAUCUCUUGUCCUUUCUUUAUGAUAGCUCUGUAAAUUGCAAAAAACUUUGCUUGAUGUAAAUGUGAUAAAUCUGUUGUUCCCAAACUAGUCUGAAGUGAGUUAUUCUCGGCAGGAUUUUUUCUGUAAGCCAUGCUAGUUAAAAUGUUCUUUUGGAGAUGUGCUGGCCUAGGUGCGAUCUCCAACUGUGAAACUGGGGCAAUUUCACCAAAUUGGAAGUGUUUAGGUAAAUCUUGUGCAAGAUUUUUGAUCUCAUCAUAGUAACUGAUGGAGAAAAAAAACACCCAGGUCAAGCAACAGACAUCUUUUGAUUUCAACUAUAGCUUUACC